UUCUUUAGGGAAGAGGGCUAAUGAUCUCAAUGCGGUGGAAAAGCUCACUUAUUUAGUGUCGAAAUCAAGGCCCGUUCGAGUUUAAAAUUUGUGAUUGAAAGAGAGAAUCGAAUAGGGCAAAUGGCGGCGCAACCACCAUCAUCGGCUGUGCGAGCGUUACAGCUAGAGUUGAAGAAACUUACCGAGGAACCAGUCGAAGGUUUUUUCGUCAAUGUACCAGAUGAUGAGAACUUAUUCGAAUGGGACGUAGCGAUUUUUGGUCCUCCUGGAACUCUCUAUGAAGGUGGAUACUUCAAAGCACAUAUGUCGUUCCCUUCUACAUAUCCAUAUUCGCCACCGACGUUUCGCUUCCUCACGAAAAUGUGGCACCCUAAUAUAUACGAGUCCGGUGAUGUCUGCAUUUCAAUUUUACAUCCACCGGUCGAUGAUCCACAAAGUGGAGAAUUGCCUUCUGAACGUUGGAACCCAACGCAGAAUGUUAGAACCAUUCUCUUGAGUGUGAUCUCAUUGUUAAAUGAGCCAAACACAUUUUCUCCUGCAAAUGUGGAUGCUUCAGUUAUGUUCAGAAAAUGGAGAGACUCAAAAGGAAAGGAUGGAGAGUAUGAAAGGAUUGUCAAAAAACAAGUAGCGCGUUCCAAAGUUGAGGCAGAAAAAGAAAACAUAACAGUGCCAACAACUGUUGAAGAGUACUGUAUAAAAUCCAGACCAUCACAUUCUGAACCUGAGGACUUGACAGAUUUCUACGAUGACGACUAUGCAGAUGAUGUGGAUGAUGAUGAUGACGAUGAUUGUAUGGAAUAUAGUGGAGACUCAGGAAAUGAAGAAACGUGAUGCCUGUGACUAAGGGCAGGACCUUUGUCACGAUGUAUAUUUUGUACUGUGUAACAUAAAGAGACCCUUUCCUAUGGCAAAAAUGUGCUUCAAGAACUUGCCUGGCUUGAAAAGCUUGGAAAAGCCGUAAAGUUUCCUCUUUUGUAAUAUUAUUUGAUAACUGUCUUGAGUGAUGUGUGUUGCAUGGGGCUAUCUGUUAGCCAUGGUUUUAGAGUGUGAGAUAAUUGUAGUAAUGUCCCUGAUCCGCUUCUCUCCAUUCCUAUAGCAAUCAGGAAAUUGAAAAAGCUUCAAUUGCCUUGUCAUGUGUAGACACUGCCCUGCUGGAACAACAGUCUGAAAAGACACCCACUUACCUUCAUGUUUGUAGUGUAUCUAUGUCAAUAAAUAAAUUAACAUGGUGAA